AUGAGCGAAGAAAAGCCUGAACUCACCAAAGUAAUGUAUGAAGUGGUUUCAAAAGCAGCGGAAAUCAAAGAAAAUGAGCAUAUUCUCGAUGAAAAGGCAAAAGAAUUGCUUGAAAAUUACACUCCAGAAGGUUUUUCACAAUUUUCAAAUUUAUAUGACGAAUCGCAGAAAAUAAUCCAAACUGAAUCAAAGAGAAUCACAGAUAUGUUCCUUGCAGUUGAAAAAAUGAUUGCACAAUCCGAAAAAGGAAUUAAUAAAAUCGAAAUUCCAUCUGCCAAGAAAUUACAAGAGAAUUUUUCCAAAUAUUCAAAAAAUCCAAGCCUUCCUACACAAGCCGCUCCAUAUGUUCCUUUAACAGGAUCUUCUCCGUGGCCUCAAAAUCGCAUUUUACCAAACAAUUCAUACGUUGUUGUUGUUGGAAAUAAAGAUGAAAACGGCGAAAACAUUUACUGCGUAGCUGUUGUACUUGGCUUUGAUCCAUACACUCUUUCAUAUUAUUGUUGUGAUGCCGAUCCAACUGGAGAUGUUCCUCAAGAAUUCAUUGUUCCUUACAAAGAAAUCAUGCCUCUACCACAGUUCCAGCCUGCUCGACGCACAAAAGCAACAACUUACAAAAUUAAAACUGAUGUUCUUGCCGCCUGGCCAGAAUUCGGCAGUUUUACAUCUGUAUUUUAUCCUGCAGUUGUUGUGGCAGCUCCUACUACCAUUCCUGGCAAAUAUAGACUUAGAUUUGAAGGAUCUCCCCCUUUGGUUGAAGAUGUUCCUGAAAAACUUAUUGUAGAGUUCCCCAAGAACAAGAAGAAAUAA